GUGAUGAAACUCUCCAAUAGGCUACAUGCACUAGGGUCUGAGACGUACUUCCGCCUUAGCCGUAAUACGGCUCGGCUGCUUCCGGUUUACUUCCGGUCUGCGUAGCUGAGCGGGAGAUCGUCCACAAAGGUUUUACUGUUUAAAUCUAUGGUUUAAAUAUGAGUCGACGGAACAUUUGCAAAGACAAGUGAAUAACUACUCCGAGCACUGCUGUGUCCCACUUUGUACGGCGUCAGCUAAAUUCAACGGCGUCCUAAGUUUCCAUGGCUUUCCGACUGAACUCGAGCUGCGAAGACAGUGGCUGGUAAAAAUACGGCACGAUAACUUUACAAUAUCCUCUCACUCCAAGGUCUGCAGUCGUCACUUCGCUACGGAUCAACUAAUAGAGCCAAAAACCCUUGAUGGCCGUAGGAGGCUUGUGAAAGGUGCUGUACCAACUCUGUUUGAGUGGAAUCACUUUACUGCUCAAACACAGCGGGCUAGUGUUUGGGAGAGAAGGGAGCGGCCCACUGAACCAGUCUCUCGGGAGGAGCAGGAAGAGCACAUCGAUGUCCGUGACCAUGAUUACUGCUCAACCCCUGAACCAGCUUCACUGGACAUGUCCUCUCAAGCUACAGAAGACAACUCCAAAACAGUGGAGGAUCUGCAGAAGCAACUGCAGGAGUUAAGAGUCCAGCGAGAGUUUUGCUUACAGCGGUUUGCUGGCUCCGACGACAACAUCCGAUUCUAUACCAGAUUCCCGAGCUAUAACCACCUGAUGGCCUUCUGGUCUUUGAUUGAGCCUUCAAUUCAUAAAAUGGUUCGUGUUACAAGAGCGAUAUCAGCUGCCAAGAGGAAUGAAGAAGUGGUUACACACGCACGUCCAUCAACGAGACAGCUGCUUCAGCCAAUUGACGAGUUCUUUCUUUUUCUAUGCUUCCUGUCGGUGGGUUUGAAAGAGAGGGACCUUGCAAACCGCUUCAACGUACACCAGUCCACUGUGAGCCGCAUCAUUGCAACAUGGACACGUUUUCUUACAACUUUAUUGGGGUCACAGUGCAUCUGGCUUACACCUGCAGAAGUUCAAGCCCACCUCCCAGAGGCAUUCAAAGAUUUCCCAGACACACAGGUGAUCCUCGAUUGCACAGAGCUGAGGUGUCAAACACCAUCCUCACUCCUCCUCCAAAGUGAAAUGUAUUCUACAUACAAAUCUCACUGCACCAUGAAAGCCCUGGUUGGCAUAGCCCCACAUGGCGCAGUGACAUUUGUUUCCAGUCUGUAUGGUGGUUCUGUCAGCGACAAGGAGAUUUUCAAACAAUCUGGAAGAGCUGCGUUGUUGACUGAAAACAUGGCAGUGAUGGUAGAUAAGGGCUUCCUGAUCAGCGAUUGCUGCAAAUGCAAGGUGUACUGCCCACCUUUUCUGUCACAGCAGAAGCAAAUGCCAGCCUAUCAGGUGAGGGAGACACAGGCCAUUGCCAGACUGAGGGUUCAUGUGGAGCAUGUCAUUAGGAGGAUAAAAGAGAACAAGCUUUUUGAUGGUGUCAUCCUCCUGUCCCAUGCCUACAACAUCAACCAACUGUUUGCAGUAGCAUGUAUGCUGUCAAACUAUCAGAACAAAGCACUGGUCAAGAAAUGGGUGAAAUAAGACAAGAUGAUGACACCUGUGCAGGUAGCUGUGAUUAAGCUGGGUGAGCACACCGUAAUCCCGUGUUGCCUAACACACGCUAGUGUUUUGUUUGAAUAAAUGGUAAAUUGCAAA